AUGCGUCAAUUGGCAUCAAUGCCAACCUCUACUGAAGGCAGUAGAGCAGAGCAGAGUAAUAACGGUUGUACUACUUGGCCCUCACCAGAUAAAAAAAAGAAAUUAUCCAAUACAACAACAAAAAAUCAACUCUCUGCCUCGAGAUUAUCGUCAGCAAUGUUUAGAAAGUCGAUUUUUGAUAGUGAUGAACAAAAACCUCAGGAAGGAGAAUUUGUUACCGUUGAUUCUCUUAGGAAAAAGCUCUCCCUUAAUUUAUUUAGUUCUGAAAAAAAGAAAAAGGAAGAACAAGAAGCAGGAGUAUCAAUUCUUCGUCAAAGUUUUAAUCUUAUAGAAUGUAAUCAAUCACCGAGUGCCACUUUUAAACCAAAAACUUAUAAUAAUUGCAAUGCACAAAUUGCAACAUCAAAAUUUCCAUCUUCAGAAUCAUCAUACAAUCCAAUGGAAACGUCAAGACAGACGUAUAGAUCGAGUGAAAGUGGUGACAAAAAACUAAAGAGUACAAAAGAAUCAAUAGCAAUGCCUCCUCUACAAUUAGGAAAAACUUCGAGAGAAGAAACAGAUACUUUUGUAAGAGGUUUUCAAUAUAUUGAAAAACUCAAUAAGAGAGCAAAAUCAGCUGGACAACAAAGAUCAAAUCUAUCUACAAGUAGAACAUCAAACUCUGGCUUUUUGAGCUCUAGAUCCUAUAAAAGCACAAUUCAAUCAACAAGGGAAUCAAAAGAUGGUGCUUCUCAAAUGGCAACAGGAGAAAAUGAUUUUGUUUGGGAAAAUUAUGAAAAUUUAAGGGGAACACCUGAUUUACAACAUCACACUGUAAAAACCUCAACUCUGGAACCACUUAGAUUGCAGUAUGACCCUAGUCAGAUUAGAAUGACACCUGUAUCUAUUGUAAAUACUCAUGGAGGAAGUAACUCAAAGAAAAAUAUGAUCAAAGAUCUCAAGAUGAUGGCCGAAGCGUGUAGCAGAGCUGGACGUCUGAAAAUGGAAGGUUUAAUUCAUUACAAAAUAGCAAACAAAUACGAGGAACUGCAAGAAGACAUGUCUGCUGUGCCACAUUAUGAAAGAUUUUUAGCAAUUAGUGAAAAUCUCAAAGAUGAAAUGGGUCAGUGUUUGGCACUUAAUUGUCUUGGUGUGUUAUACCAAAAGAUGGGAGGAACUGAAAAUCUUAAUAUUGGUCUCAAGUAUCAUAUGAUGCAAUGGGAUAUUUCGGAUCCUCAGUCCCAAAUUGUUAGUAACAUUAACAUGGGACUGAUAUUCCAACAAUUGGGACACUUUGAAAACGCCUCUGACAAUUUUAAAAUGGCUUACCAACAAUCUCAGAAAAUUGGUGAUAAACAAGGAGAAAGUAUAGCUUUAGCUAAUCUAGGUUUACUUGGUAAAGAGAAUGGUGAUUUAUCAAUUGCCCAAGCAUGUAUGGAAAGACAUUUAACGCUUUCAGAAAAUCUCAAUAAUCCAGUGAGUGAAGGAGAAGCCUAUCAACAUUUGGGUAUUUUGGCCUCAAAAAAAGGAGAUGGAGACGAAGCUGUUAAAAUGUUACAAAAAGCUAGAAAUAUUGCAAUCCAAUACGAUAAGAAGAAGGCAGAUCAAAUUGCUUGUAAUAUAGGAAUAAUAGAGGGUAAUAACAUGUUUGAACAGUACAUGAAACGAUUGUAUCCUGAAACUACAACUAAUUAA